AAAGGCCCAGCGUUCGGAGGAUCAGACAUCAUUCGAGCUCAACGCUUCGUACAGUACACAUCUCAGCUACACAGCAGCUACACAACAAGCCAUUCAACAUGUGCCAGAACAAGACCAACGACUCCAACACCAUGAGCAUCAAAUCAAACAAGAAGCUGUCCUACAGCGUCAAGAAACUGCUGCAGAAGAUCUUCAAGCAGCAACAACAGCAGCUAGUCGAGGAGGAGCAGAAUCUGAAGAACACACUGAAGGCCAACUCUUUGGAGUCCCUUGAAUCCAUUGAGAACAGCCGAAAUGCCGAUCUGGAGUCCGCCUCCGUUUGCGCAUCAAUGGAGUCCUACGAGAACGAGGCCAACGAGCGCCUCUCCGCCUCCUGCGACAUGGAGGACUACGAGCUCGAGCAAUUGCCCUCAGUGCCAGUUCACUUUGUGCGCACCGCCCACGGCACCUUCUUCUGGACCGCCGCCUCCGAUCUGCCAGCCGACAACGACCUGAUCGAGCCCCUGUACUGCAGCACCGCCAACGAGAUUGCCGUCUCGCAGUUCCAGGAUCGCUGGGUUCAGGCCUAAGUCGAUCAGCAGCGACCAUCAACGUAACCAUGUCUUCCACUUGGGGUCUUCCGGCUCCAGCCACCAGC